AUGAUUAAAAGAUAAAAAUCUAAAUAAAGUAUCUCUCUAGAAGAAUAAAUUGAUGAAGAUAAAAGAAAGGAAGAUAUUAUCUAAAAAUUACUAUAAACAAGUACUAAUUUACAAUACAAAUAAUUACCAAUAAUAAAAUUCGAUUUGAAUGAAAAUGAGCUAUAAACAAAUGAUAUUAUUUAUCAUCCAAAUAAAUAAUCUUAUCCAGAAUAUAUAACACCACAAAUUGUAUAAAACAAUCUUGAAAUGGUUAAAGAAAAUCUAAAAAUAGUAAUUCAUGAAAAAUUUGAAGAAUCUAAAUGUCUCAAUUGGUUAUAAUUGAUUAUUGAAUUCAUCAAAGUUAUGGCUUAUUGUAAUGUGUUAAUAUCAGAUGGAUGCUCUAAUCAAAAGACACUAUGGUUUUUUCUAAUGUUUAUUCAUGAUGUAAUCUUGAACUUUAAAUUUAUAAGAUUGCCUAAAUUGCAAUUAUAAUUAAAAUUGUUAACACAAUACCUGCUUAAUUUAAUAGUAAAUUGAAGACAGAGAGAUUAACUAAAAUUAGGAGGGAAUCCAAAUAUCCCAUGGCUGGUAGAUACUCAUAUUAUGGAUAAUUGAUGUCCGAUAUAGAUAAAAUUGAAAGUCAAAUGUAUUAUUAAAAUGAUUAAUCAUAAACUUCAAGAUCCAUAAAAUAUCAUUCACUAGAAAAAUAUAAUUAAAUGUAGCAAAAUUAUCUUAUAUUUAUAGUUUUUAUCUUAUUUUGGUGAUUUGGGGAAUUCUACAAUUAGGUUAAAUUUGUUAAUCAGAUAUUGUACUAUACACUUUUUAAGGUUUCAUUAUGUUAGGUAUUAUUACUUUAAUCUUAAAAUUUAUAUAUUUUCUAUCUUUUAAAUUUUGUAUUGGAGUUGUUAUAGCAAAUUAUCUUAUGAUUGCUAAAAAAAAUAUUGAAAAUAAUGUAAUAUAUUAAAUUAUUUAAAUUUAGGAAAUUAUUUAGAAUUUAAUAAAAUAAACAAAAAGUAAUUAUGAAUUUGAAAUUUGUUAUUUAUGCUCAAUAUAGAUUAAAUAAUUAACCUAAUAUAUUGAUUUACCUUGUAAUUAAUUGUAAAUUUAUAGAUUUUAAUAUUAUAUAGACAUAGAUUUCAUGAUAAAUGCAUAUCAAAAUGGUUAUAAUCACAUUUAUGUUGUCCUGUUUGUCUUGAACCAAUUGAUUUGAUGACUUUGUAAAUGAAAGUACUGGCUUGA